CGUCUUGUCCCGCCGUGCCCGGGGAGGCGGGCCGAGGGUCGCGGCUCGGAGCCGGGGGCGGAGGCGAUGGCGGCGGAGGCCGCCGACCCGCGGAGAGCCGGAGACCUGCCGCAGCUGGCGGAAAAUCUGCUGUGUCGGCUGCAGGAGAAUUUUCAGGCUCUGACGGAAAAGUUAACGCUGAGAAUGGAAGAAAUGGGUGAGCGCAUCAAUGACCUUGAGAAGCAUGUUGCUGACCUGAUGACAGAGGCUGGGAUAGAAGAGAACACUGAUGAAGACUUGAGAUUCAGCUGAGAAGGGGAGCGAUAGAGUGGCUUAGUGGGCACCUGGCAUCCAGCCAAAGGCAACCCACCACAACUGUAAACCAGAUUAACUCCAGCGGGAAUUAGGACCCUUGUGUUUUACUUCUGUGACUCAUUCUAAAUCCUCUAAAAUACGUCUGAUGGUAAAAAAGCAUAUUCUGCUUUGUCUUGUGACAAACUGGACCAAAAAGUACAGGUAUCUCAUUUCUGUGUAGGCUGGUUUGUUUUUUAAUUAAUCCUGUAAAUAUGCAUGUAUCAUUUU